AUGUCAAAUACAAAUGGUGGUGAAUUUGGUCACGUCCUUAUUGGCUAUGAUUUUGAUAUAGAAUUAUUUGAAGAGGAAAUACCAUUAAAUGUAUGCGAGCCACAUUAUAUACCUCAGAGAGUGGCAGCAUUACAAAACUCUUCUGGCUAUUUUUAUUGCACUUCUUAUGACAAAGGCAUAAAACAAAUGUGUCCACCAGGUACUGAAGUAUCAUUGAAAAUCGGUGGAUGUGUGAACAAAACAACAAAUACAUCAGUAUUUCCAACUGGAUCUCGAUGUGCUGCACAACCCUGUCAAAAUGGUGGUGUUUGUUUUGAUUUUUCAUCGGCUGAUGCUUAUCUUUGUCAUUGUCCUCUUCCAUACGAAGGUCUUCA